AUGGCCACACACAGCUUGCAAUCUAAAAGCACUGUAUUCCCUUACAACAGCAGGGAUGUUGAGGACCAACAAACAACAUCCGUUGAUUCUUCCGUUAUCAUCAAAGGGUCUUCUUCCAACUACCGUAUUGAAAAGGACGAAGAGAAAAAAAAGGAGGCAAGGAAAACCAGCUACCUUGCUUGUUGUGAUUUUUCUUGUAGUAAUAUCCUUAAUGCUGUUGCCAUAUUCUGCGCUAUCACAGCCUGUUUGUACAGCUACUUGUAUUCAGGAGGCGUAACAAAGAUUGAAUUGGUUCAUCCAAUUCAAGAUAGGAUCGUAUCCCUGAAUUCUACAUUGUAUUCGAGUGAGAUUGCAGAACAUCCAAACCUAAUUCCAAAUGAUGAGUACUCUAACAUAUUUUCAAAAACCCUAACGUUGAUGCAUAAUUGUAAACUACAUAUGAAAGGCUUUCAUGGUGAGAGUGGAAUUGGAAAAACCACCAUGUUAGAGGAUUCUAUAAGAUUACUAAAUCCUCAUCCCUAUAUGUUGAUCAGCUUGAGUGAAACCACAACCAUUGCAGAAAUAGCAGCUCAAAUGAAUAUGCUUGAGAAGGAAACAUCUUGGUCGGAUAUUGAAUUUACUGUCAAGAAAUAUAUUGACUUACAUUCUAAAAACCUCAGAUCUAUGCAUUGUCCUUUAUUCAUAAUUGACAAUGCUAAUCGAAACGCGCCAAUAGCCAAUAGGUUCAUUAGCAUGGUAAGAGAAUUUCCCAACUGGAAUUGGUUUGUUGGUCAUAUCUUCUGA